AUGGCCGAUGCCUGGACGAAAUCCGCUCACGCGCUGAAUUGUGAGGUCAUCACAGCCAUCAUGGAAUUUGCCAAGAUCCGCGCAGUGGCGAAGCUUUGCGCCACGGGGAAAGCUGGGAAAGAAGCAGUGCAAAGUCUCUUAAGCCCCGCGCGCGUCGCUGCCAUUCAAUCCUUCCGGAAAGCCAUUUGGGUGGCUCCGUUGCCAGUCCUUGAGCGUUUGGCAGAGGCCCUGGUGUCUCCACCCUUGGCGCUGGCCGCGCGGCGAGCGUUGCUGGACACCCUUGUGGAGGUUGCACAUGUGCAAAACAAAUGCCGCCUGCGUGUUCGUGCAUUGUGCUUCACCCGGCUGGUGCCCGGUGAGGUUGGACGCCGCGUGGUGGUGCGGUUCGACUUCAGAUGUCCCAGGAGGCAUGGCCUCCUACAACCCAUCCGCGGCGUGCCCGCGGCGUAUCGCAUGCGCAGUGGAACGGAUGAUUUGAUGUUUGGAGCUCCAGGUAUGGCCGAUUCAAUGAAAAAUCAAUGGUGA